CACCUCAGGCUCCUGCCUCCCUCCCUCCUCAGCCCUCUCUCUCACUGCACUCCUUGCAACUUUUGCAAACUAGUCUAAUGCAGAAGCAUUUAUCACAGACCGGACUCUUUAUCCCUACACAAGUCCUGGAAUUCACCAGUGACCACGGCUUGCUGUUUUUCCUAUCUGCUGAAUAAGGAUCUGGGACUCAGAGUGGAGCUUUUGUGCUGCUUUAAAAAAAUGAUUUCCCUUAGCAAGAAAGGCUCCUGUUCGUCUCAGCUCUGUCUUGCUCUCUGUGCCUUUGGGCUGGCACUGCUUGAGGAUUUAUCCCAGGCUUUGCCCGUGGAGGAUCAGGAUUAUUACCUGCAGGAGAUUAUAAACAGGGAUCAUUAUUAUUCCUAUCCAGGUCCCGAUGAGGAAUUUUCCCCUUUCACAGAGCAACCUGGACAGGAGGAAACAGCCCCCGUUGCAGAGACAGAGGAGCCCCCAAGGUUCAGACUGGGCAAGAAAGAGUUAAAACAGAAGAAAGGCAACAAAAAAGAAAAAUCCAUUCUCGAGAUUCCACCAGCUAAAAAUGGCAACAAGAAAGGUGAGAAAAACAAGAAAGGGAAUGAGAAGAUGCCAGAUGGUGACUAUGAAAGUCGAAGGGCCUACGAAGACGUCAAAGAAAGUUGCCCACCACUUGGUCUAGAGACUUUAAAAAUUACUGAUUUCCAGCUCCAUGCUUCUACAGUAAAGCGAUAUGGCCUUGGGGCCCACAGAGGAAGGCUUAAUAUUCAGGCAGGUGUUAAUGAAAAUGAUUUUUAUGACGGUGCUUGGUGUGCAGGACGAAAUGACCCAUACCAGUGGAUUGAAGUAGAUGCUCGAAGGCUAACAAAGUUCACUGGCAUUAUCACACAAGGGAGAAACUCUCUCUGGUUGAGUGACUGGGUGACGUCUUAUAAAGUAAUGGUGAGCAAUGACAGUCACGCAUGGAUCACUGUCAAAAAUGGAUCUGGAGAUAUGAUUUUUGAAGGAAACAGCGAGAAAGAGAUCCCGGUACUCAAUGAACUGCCAGUACCAAUUGUUGCACGUUAUAUCCGUAUAAACCCUCGGUCAUGGUACGAAGAAGGGAGCAUCUGUAUGAGACUGGAAAUCUUAGGCUGCCCCCUGCCAGACCCAAAUAAUUAUUAUCACAGAAGAAAUGAAAUGACAACCACAGAUGAUCUUGAUUUUAAACACCACAACUACAAAGAAAUGAGACAGUUGAUGAAAGUUGUGAAUGAAAUGUGUCCGAAUAUCACGAGAAUUUACAACAUUGGAAAAAGCCACCAAGGACUAAAGCUGUAUGCUGUCGAGAUCUCAGACAACCCGGGAGAACACGAAGUUGGUGAGCCAGAAUUUCGCUACAUCGCGGGGGCUCAUGGUAACGAGGUGCUUGGACGUGAGCUAAUGCUUUUGUUAAUGCAAUUUAUGUGCCAGGAAUAUCUGGCUGGGAACCCACGCAUUACACACCUCAUUGAGGACACCAGAAUUCAUCUCCUUCCUUCAGUCAACCCAGAUGGAUAUGAGAUGGCAUAUGAAGUGGGUUCGGAAUUAGGAGGCUGGUCUUUAGGAAGAUGGACUCAGGAUGGCAUUGACAUCAACAAUAAUUUCCCUGAUUUAAAUACCAUGCUUUGGGAAGCUGAAGAUAGGAAGAGAUUUCAGAGAAAAGUCCCAAAUCAUCAUAUUCCAAUUCCAGAAUGGUACCUUUCUGAAAAUGCUACAGUGGCAGUUGAGACUCGAGCAGUGAUAGCAUGGAUGGAAAAAAAUCCAUUUGUACUGGGUGGCAAUUUACAAGGAGGAGAACUGGUUGUUGCAUACCCAUAUGAUAUGGUCAGGUCUACAUGGAAAACUCAGGAGCACACACCUACCCCUGAUGACCAUGUAUUUCGGUGGUUAGCAUAUUCAUAUGCCUCCACUCACCGACUAAUGACAGAUGCCAGAAGGAGAGUAUGCCAUACAGAGGAUUUCCAGAAGGAAGAUGGGACUGUUAAUGGGGCCUCAUGGCAUACAGUUGCUGGAAGUAUAAAUGACUUUAGUUACCUGCACACAAACUGCUUUGAGCUAUCCAUCUAUGUGGGCUGUGACAAAUAUCCUCAUGAGAGCGACUUACCUGAAGAAUGGGAAAAUAACCGUGAAUCCCUGAUUGUUUUUAUGGAACAGGUUCAUCGGGGCAUCAAAGGCAUGGUAAGGGAUUUAUCUGGAAAGGGAAUUCCAAAUGCCAUUAUUUCAGUAGAGGGUGUUAACCACGACAUUCGCACAGCGAGCGAUGGGGAUUACUGGCGUCUCCUGAACCCAGGAGAAUAUGUGGUCACUGCAAAAGCGGAGGGCUAUACCUCUUCCACCAAGAACUGUGCAGUAGGUUAUGACAUGGGAGCCACUCAGUGUGACUUCACAAUCAGCAAAACCAACCUCGCACGAAUCAAAGAAAUCAUGGAGAAAUUUGGAAAGCAGCCCAUUAGUCUGUCAAUCCGACGGCGCAGGCAGAGGGCUAGGCAGAGGCGCCAGCGAAGAUAGACUCCAUUGUAACAUAUGGCAUUUACAAGCUCUGCUUAAAUCAAAACCAGUUAUAGUAGUAAAAGAUACAUAGCCAAUAUUAAUAUGUUUUUGUCUAAUCAAAGAGUUCUAAUUAGUAUAUUUGUAUUGAAGAAUCUCUUGAGCUUCCAGAACCUUUUCUCCUCUGAGGUUUUAGGGCUACGGUUUUUGUUCCCUGUACACAAUCCAGCUAAAUGGGCAUUGGGUGGGGGGCCUAUGCAGGGUCAUGGAAUGGAAUCCUCCCCUCUGCUGUGCCAAUAUCACAGUGCCACUGUUUUUCAGGUGUUGCUAUGCUGUGGGCACCAGAUUUGCGCCUUACUGACUAAAGUAUCAAAACUGCACAGGAAGGUAGGAUGGAUUUUCAAGAAUAAUCCACAUCAACUUGCGGGGAGAAUA